AAAUUUCUCUCCCGGAUUCAUCACGAACCAAGAAAUCCACGGCGACGACCGGCGGAGCAUCGGGCCGCGAGCUCGAGCGGCCGAGCCCAGGUCGUCUUGCUCUACCAGUACACACACUACUAGUACCAGGCCUCUCCCCCGCCGCCAUGCGCCUCCCCCUCGCCGCGGCAUGGCCACUCCUCCUCUCCCUCCUCGCGGCGUCACGGUUGCCUGCGUCCGCGGCGGCGGCGAGCUCCGGUGCGACCUCCGGGCGAGCGGAAUGGCAGGUCCUGACCAGGGCCAACUUCUCCUCCCAGAUCCGGCUCCACCCCCACGUCCUGCUCAUCGUCACCAUGCCAUGGUAUGGCGAGUCAAGAUCACUGAUGGCCGAGAUACAACGUUUGGUUGCUGCCGAUGAGCAGGAGCUUGGUCGUCUAAAGUUGAUGGUUGUCCACAGAAAUUCUGAGAAGUUGCUGACAGAUGUACUCGAUGCCACAGAAGGAAUAAAAUUCAUAUACUACCAACACUCAUUGCCAUUCAAGUACCAAGGGAAGCUUCGCACACGUGAGAUACUGUCUUCAGUCCAUUAUAUUAUGUCACUCAAGCAUGCAGAGACCCCAUUUGUGGUUUUGCAUACGAAGGAAGAUGUGGAGGCUUUUGUUGAAUCAACUGAUAAAGCUGUAAUUCUAUCUGAAUUCUGUGGGUGGUUUUCCAAAUUGGCUCAUGGUGGGAGCAACAGAACCGAGGGCACUUCAUCUAACAAUCACACAGAAAAUGUUGACAUUCCUGGGAAGACACUAACAAGAGAAUCAGAUGGGCCCCUAGAGCUUGUUAUAGAGGAUGAAGAACUGAAUUUUGGAGGUGGGGUUCAGCUUACUGGCUCUCCUUGGAAAGGUGGAUUUACCUUAGCAAAUGGAAGUGUGUCAGAUCAAAUUAGAAUUACAACUGAUGUAAAUAGAACGCUGUGUACAGCUGAAAAGCUCCACCAGUUUGAAAGCUUCUAUGCAAAGCUUAUUGCUCUGUCAAGAGAUUAUUUUCUUCCUCCAGAGAAAGUUAGAUUUGGCCUUAUAACUGAAAGAUCAUCAUUACCUUCAUUGGAGUUUAUCAACGAAGGCAAUUUGGAGACAUGGUUCCUCAGUGUUCAUUAUCUGGGGUGCACCAAUUGUUCAAUUGUUGCAAAAGAAGGGGAUGACCUAAGAAGUCUAUUGCAAUCUUAUCAUAAUCUUGACAUUAACGAGAUGGAUGUUGAUGCAAGUGGUGUCGCUACCUUUCCCGCAAGUAGGCCAUCGGCUAUUCUAUUCAUUGAUAGAUUGUCAGAUUCUUCAAAAGUCAGAGAUGAAAGCAAACUACACCUCAAACUACUAAGGGAAUAUGUGCAGAAAAAAUAUCCAUCUCAUUUCAGUACUGGUGGUCUAAGUAAUGGUAAAUCCAGAAUGAGCUCUAGAGCUGUUCCUUCCCUAAUGAGCACAAGUAGAUCUGCCCAUACUGAACAAACUAGGCUGAGUGCUUGGGCCUCCAAAUUAAUGGAAUUUGGGGAUAAAAUGUCAGUAAUGGUGGUCAAUGAUGGAGAAAGUAUUUCGUACAGAAGUGCUAGCCAAGGUAGUACCGAUAAUCCGUUAUAUGAUAUUCUAACAAAGCUGCUACAGAAAACAAGACCAGCACAUAGGUCAAAGAAAACAAGGAUAAGUUUUGUUACAAAAGAUGUUGGCAUAAAGCAGCCGUCUGAUGAUUCUGAAGUCCAAGUGGUGGAAUCUCUGUCAAUUCGAGAGAGUCAACCUGAAAGAAAUGAUGUGUCAUUUGCCAGUUCAGACAGUCGUAAUGAUGAAAACAGGGCAACAGAAGCUGAAUAUAUUGAUGAUGGACAAAAACCCAUUAAACCUGAGAAAGGUACUGCAAAUUACUAUCAUACCAACGAAAAACUUCUUGAAUCCAGUGAUACAGAAGCGGAGGAACAACACAAAACAAAAGAUUCAGAUGUAAGCCUUGAUCUGCAGGAAGAGAUCUCCAUUGAUGUGCACGACAGCAAUGCUCCUGAAAAUUUCUGUAAUAUCAGUAAAGAUGAUCUUGAAUGUAGUGAUGCAAAAAUGGAGAAACAAGAACAUAAAACUGAGGCUUCAGUUAUAAGCUCUGAUCUUCAGGAAGAGGUCUCCACUGAUGUGCAUUCCAGCAAUCAAGUUGGUGAUAUAUUACACAAACACAAAGAUGAGGGAACAGUUAGAGAAGCUGUAGCCAUAUUGGAACAUGAUGGGGCAAAUGUGAAUUUUAACCAAGAGAAGUUAGGAUCAGCAAAACAGCAAGAUGAUGUGUUUCCAGUCCUGGGUCAAGAAUUUCGAAGAAUUGAGGAUGUCAUUUAUGAGGAUAACCUAUUUAUUCUAGAUGAAGGAUCAGAAGAAAGUGAUAGCAAAUACCCUGUGCACACAGCAUUAAGCUCUUCCAGUAGCCUUGUUGGCGAUAACACAGAAUAUACAGAGCAGGUAACUCCAAGUAUACCUGACGAACAUUUUGCUGGUUCAUUCUUCUUCUCUGAUGGCGGUUAUAGGCUUCUGCGAACUUUAACUGGUGGAUCAAGAAUUCCAUCCCUUGUAAUAAUUGACCCAAUUCAACAAAAGCAUUAUGUCUUUCCUGAUGAGAUUGAAUUUAGCUACCCUUCUUUAGCAAGUUUUUUCGACUGUUAUAUGAAUCAAAGUCUAUCUCCAUAUUAUCGUUCAGCCUUAUCUGUCAUAAGUUCUAAGGAGCUUCUGAGACCACCUUUUAUUAACCGUGAUUUCCACGAAGCAGAUUCCAUCCCUCAGUUGACAACGAGUAAUUUUUGUAUGUCGGUCUUUGGAUUUGAAGGUUGUGAUUCAAAAAAUGAAAUGCCAUUUUCAAACACUGAAAAUAUUGCAUCUGCUUGGAAGAAGGAUGUAUUGGUGCUUUUCAGCAACUCUUGGUGUGGAUUUUGUCAGCGAACAGAGCUUGUUGUCUGUGAGGUGUAUCAAUCACUCAAGAAUUUUGGGACUUCAAAUUCUCAAUUUUUACGGGCUCAAGACUUGCAAGAGAAAAACGAAGAAUCUACCAUGAAGGGUUUUCCAGCUAUUUAUCUGAUAGACUGCACAUUAAAUGAAUGCCACCAUUUACUAAAAUUAGCAGGCAAGGAGGAGCAUUAUCCCACGUUGUUGCUUUUUCCGGCUGAGAGCAAAAGUGCAAUAUCAUAUGAAAGAGGAAUUUCAGUUGCCAAUUUAUUUGAAUUUUUGGAGUCUCACACAAGCAAUUCACCCCACCUGUUGGAAUAUAAAGGGUUUCUGUGGAAGAAGAAAAUGGUCGCGCAACGUGAUGCGCCACAGGCAAUUCAGUUUGACAGCAGCGACAAAAGCAGCACCGAAGUUGGUUCCCAUUCACCAAGUCAUUUAGAGAGGCACGAGGCGCGUGUCCUCGCAGGUUCCGUCCUGACUGCCACUGCGAAGCUCGGGUCUGCCGUUCCAUUCGACAACUCCCAGGUGCUCAUCGUAUCCGCUGACUCCCAUGAGGGCUUCCAAGGCUUGAUCAUCAACAAGCGGUUAAGCUGGGAUGCCUUCAAGAACCUGGACAGCUCCAUGGAGCCAAUCAAGCGUGCCCCGCUUUUCUACGGCGGACCUGUUGUGGUGCAGGGCUACUACCUCGUGAGCCUGUCCAGAGUAGCCUUCGAUGGGUAUUUGCAGGUUAUGCCGGGUGUGUAUUAUGGAGACGUAGCCGCCACAACCCAGGUCACCAGACAGAUCAAAUCAGGUGAGCAAUCUUCUGAGAACCUGUGGUUCUUCCUUGGGUUCUCGAGCUGGGGAUACAGCCAACUGUUUGAUGAACUAUCUGAAGGAGCUUGGCAAGUGAGUGAAGAGCCUAUCGAGCAUUUGGUCUGGCCUGAUAAUUAGUUAGAGCAUCAUUCUUCUGUUCGUAGAGAGUAGUUUUUAGAGGAUCCCCUUCUGUUUCCUGUCGGGAGAGUUGCCGGAGAAGUUGCAAGUCUUCCAGGCAUAUGUACAUGCUGACACUGCAACGUGACAUUGUACUUCACCUUUUUUUUUCUGGAUUAGAAAAACAUCAUUAUUUACAGUUUUGAUGAUUCUACUACUGAACUGCACUAUCUUUUUUCUUGUGGAUUAGAAAAGACAGCUCUAUGUACAGUUUUGGUAUUUCUUCUGCUGAAUCCAGCCUGCUCUGUU